UGGACGGGCGCGCCGGAAAUUGGGGGGAGUUCCCUGCGAUCUCGGCUUCCCCAACAUGGCAGCGCCCUUGUCAGUGGAGGUGGAAUUCGGAGGUGGUGCAGAGCUCCUGUUUGACGGUAUAAAGAAACAUCAAGUCACCUUACCUGGACAGGAGGAGCCCUGGGACAUCCGGAACCUCCUUGUUUGGAUCAAGAAGAAUUUGCUAAAAGAGCGGCCAGAGCUGUUCAUCCAGGGAGACAGCGUGCGGCCAGGAAUUCUGGUGCUGAUUAACGAUGCCGACUGGGAGCUGCUGGGCGAGCUGGACUACCAGCUGCAGGACCAGGACACCAUCCUCUUCAUCUCCACACUGCACGGCGGCUGAGGGCCCCUCUCUGGGCCUGGGCUCCCUUGGCGGGGAGAUCAGAACAAUCAAACAUCCCCUUGGGCCCUACCUCCAGGUCUCCCAGGCCCCCUUGGCUGCUUUCUUCCCUGCUUUGUCCCCCAAGCUCCCUCUAGGCAGGGAAAAGAGGCCAGGUGCUAAAAAUGAGCCUGUCUCAGGCACGUGAGCAGGGGCAGGCAGGCACCAGGGCCCAGCUCCCUCUCCCAGGAGCUGAGGUGGGGGAGGGUGCCUCUGGUUUGUGAGAGUGGAAAGGGGCUCCACAACAAAGUGACCUUGCUGCCUUCCGCUCCUUGUGUCUCAAUCUCAACAUGGAGUGACCCUGACAGCACUCUAGUCCCUGGGCCACAGUGUCUUCCUGAAGAUAAAUGGACAUGAAUAGCUGAUGGGAGGCCCCUCCCUCUUCAAAGAUUGGAGGAGUCUCUGCCUCAGUUUCCUCAUCUGCACAGCUGAGAGCUCUGCCUGUCCCCCACUGAUGCCAUUAUGGAACCCCAGCUGGGGUCCCCUAUUCUUUGCUGACCCCCCCAUCAACAGCUGCUCUUCUAGCUACAUCCCUCCUCCCGCUCCCCCUACUCUCAGCCCUUGACCCUGGCUGCCCUCCUCCCCACCACAGGCCACCAGAUGGACUCCUGAGACCCUUCCUGUAGCUCAUUCUGCUGGGGAUAAGAAAAGAGAGGGAGUAGGCUAAACCUUGGAUUGGCAAUAGAGCCCUGAGUGAGAAUCAGUGUGCCUCAGUUUGCUCUUCUGCAACUGGGUAUGUGUGGUAUCUGAAGACUGAGGAGACACUUGAUGGCAUAAAUGUGGACCUCUCCCUUCCCACCCACUAAGGAAGCAGGAUGGGGGCAGUCAGCCCCUGGUAGGCAGGGUGGUUUCCCCCUCCCUACUCCAUCCCUUCUAUAAGUCUUGGGCCCUCAGUGCCUGCAACAGCUGGUGUUGGGCAAAUAAAAGACUAGCUUGUUUAAUAGUCUUGCUUGGAGUUUCAUCCUUAGAAAGGAGUGGUACCCCACAUCCCCCCAGCCAUGGUCUCUGAUAUGACCUCACUGUCCUCAGCCUAGGGCUAUCAGAACUUAUGUGUUAAACUCAGACUAUCUGAGAGGGGGGAGCCCAGUGGGGCCAUCUGCAGCAAGGGGUAGCAGAGUCAAUCUAUGUGGACCAGUCUGGGUCCCAGGAUGCAUCUCCAUCUGUCUGUCCAAGGCCAGGCUUUGUCCCACCAGCUACAGCCAGCAGCCUUAAAACUCAAAAUGAGUGCUGAGCUUUCUUUCCUUCCCAUGACCUGGAGAAAGGAGCUUUGUUGGCUAGAGGGAGACCUAGAAAAAGGAUUAGGAUGCUAAAAUCAUCCUUCCCCAAAUCCCCAAAAUGUUGCUUUUCUAUUAGAUGUCAGUAAUUUAAGGUGGAAUUUCUCACCCUGUAGAGAUGAAAAUGUCAAAUGGUUGUUCCAGCUGAGUGACAGGUGAUGCUCUGGCCAUUGGGCUUCUCUCUGGCACUAAUGCAGGUGGAGGCCCUCUGGGCUUGUUAUGUGGGUGAGAGUAGCCAUGUUGGGGUUAUGGGUAGGAGCUGGUUUGGGUGCAAGUUAAGGCCAGUGCUGGAGUCUGAGUGCUAUCUAGAAAGGCUGUCUGGCUAGCCCUGUCUGGGUGCAAGGUCAGGGUCUUCAAAGCAAGGGACUUGAAACCCCCCGCAGUUUCACUUAGAGCAUCAGCCUGUCCCAAUUCUUGUAACCUGGAGAUCCCUGUCUGGAUCCUGGAUUCCAGGUCCUGGAAACUGGCUGCUAGAUUCCUUUUUCCUCCCUGCAAGGGGUGGGAGAGGGUGAUAGCUAUAGGAUAUCCCUUCCCCCACGACACCCCGAGUAGAACAGAAGGGUGUGCUGGGAAACCCUGGUUCUCUGCUCACUGGGGAUUUCCCCGUUGAAAUUGGCCAGGGCCAAAGCACUCCGUACCAUUUUGGGUCAUUUUAUAGCCUCAAUGCUGGAAAGGGUCAGGGACAGGUGACCUGGGCUCAGCCCCAACUCCCAACCGUGCCCCUCCCAAGCAAUUCCUGAGCCCCGCUUUUGAGGAAAUAAACGAAU